AUGGCGCUUCUCCUAUGGCGGCUUGCAGAAACUGCAGCUCUGUCAGUAUUUUUCCUUGGAGAGGCGGCGGGCGACGACUUCGGGACCUGCUCAGCCGGAUCUUGCGAGACCAGAGCGUUGACGUUGGCAUCUGUGCCGCAGAGGAUAGUGGAUGCGGAGUACGCGGUGAGAGGAGAGAUCGUGACGCGGUCAUUCAAACUAGAAGAGCUCCUGGAACAAGGCAAUCACUCCCUGCCCUUCGAUGAGCUCGUGCCAUGCAACAUCGGAAACCCGCAGGCUGUUGGUGCGCGACCUCUGACCUUCCAUCGCCAGGUACUUUCUCUGAUGAGCAACCCGGCGCUGAUCGAGGAUGCAGCCUCGCUGUAUCCGUCAGAUGUGCUGGCAAGAGCCAAGGAGUAUGUUGGUAAGAAUCCGAAGUUCGGUGCGUACUCCCACUCCAAAGGCAUCCUCCACUUCAGGCGGGAGGUGGCGAAGUACAUCAAUCGUCGAGAUGGGCCAUCUGUGCCUCCAGCUGAUCCGGAGGAGAUUUAUCUCACAGACGGAGCUUCUGCUGGUGUCAAAACGGUGCUGGAGGUCAUGAUCGACGGCCCAUUGGACGGUCUCCUGAUUCCGAUUCCGCAAUACCCUCUGUAUUCGGCGUCCAUCACCCGUCUCGGUGGCACGCACAUCGGCUAUGAGUUGGUGGAGGACUACGCCACCGGAAAAGGCUGGGCGAUUGAUGUCGAUCUGAUCGAGGAGAAGAUCAAGGCCUUCAUUGCUGGUGGUGGCCGCCCGAAAGGUAUAGCUGUCAUCAACCCGGGAAAUCCCACUGGCAACGUUCUCAGCCGGGAGACCAUCGAACGCAUCGUGAGGCUGUGUGCAAAGUACAGAAUGGUCAUCCUUGCGGACGAAGUCUACCAGGAAAAUAUCUGGCACUUGGACAAGGAGUUCGUUUCCUUCAGGCAAGUCGUGCUCCUGUCCGGCCUGCCGGUGGAGUUGUUUUCGUUCCACUCGAUGUCCAAAGGCUACUAUGGUGAAUGCGGUCUGCGAGGAGGAGUGCUGCAGAUGACGAACAUUGAUCCAGAUGUGGCCGACCAAAUCUACAAGCUGUUUUCGAUGAUACUGUGUGCGAACACGCUCGGACAGGGGGCCAUGGCUUCUAUCCUGAAUCCGCCGGUGGAGGGAGAUGCGUCCUUCGCCCUUUUCUCCAAGGAGCGCAGCGAGAUCCUGGCUAGCCUCAGCAAGAAGGCAGAGCUUGUGUCCCAAGCUCUCAACGAGAUCCCGGGCAUCCAAUCACUUCCUGUGGAAGGCGCAAUGUACGCCUUCCCCCAGGUUUACUUGCCCGAGCGCUUCGUCAAAGAAUCAGAGGCCUUGGGAAAAGCUGCAGACAUGCUUUACUGCAUUAAAAUGUUGGAAGCGACAGGCGUCAUUGUCGUGCCCGGAAGUGGCUUCGGCCAAAGGAACGGCACCUGGCACUACCGCAUCACAAUCCUGCCAGAGGAGGGCAAGCUGAGGCGAGUGCUCGAUCGGAUGAAGACUUUCCACACGCAGUUCUUGAAAGAGUAUUUGGGCCCCGGAGAACGGGCCAUCGAGGACAAGACGCCCACUCCUUGUCAGGCCAAGUAUUCAGACCAGAUGCAGAAAGAGAUCAUCGAGGCGCAUCUGGCAGCUGCGAGUGAGCAGGCUGAGCCGCACAUGCUGCUAAUGCUGGGAGGGUCCGGUGCCGGAAAAGGUGGCUUCCUGAAGGCCAUGGCGAAGCAUGGCAUGAACACUCGGAACUUCGUCCUGCACGGCUUGGAUGAGUACAUCGAGUAUCUGCCAGAGUUUAAGGCAUCGAAACAGCACGAACUGGUGGUCUUCAAGGAUGCUGCGGAUGGUUGCUACUCCGGGGUUAUCCCGAUUGCCAAAGCAGCGCAGAAUGAAAUCGUCAAGCGCAAGCAGCAUGUGAUCUAUGAGGACACAGGAAAAGAUCUGGACCGCAUACUGAAGCGCAUACUUCCGCUCUUUCAGAAGGCUGGUUACAAGAUUGCCGUCGUCCUUGUUGACAAUUUCCCUUCAAUCGCAAAGGGGAGAUCACAUGGCCGGUUCCUGAAGGAAGGUCGAUAUGCCUCUGACCAAUACAUUGAGUCCACGUUUAAGAAUGUGCCGGAGAACUAUGCGAAGCUGAAGGAGCUCGCGGAGGUGACAGAGGCCUACUACUGCGACAACAGCUGCGCGGAGGGCCUUUGCCCAAAGUGUUGGCUCGACAAGGGUACCAGGAGCUUGCUUCCUGAAGAAGCCUUGCAGCCGCCAGACUUGCUUAAGUGA